UCUGCCAUUUUCAACUUCCAGAGUCUUCUGACUGUGAUUCUUCUGCUUAUCUGUACAUGUGCAUACAUCAGAGCUCUAGCCCCCAGCCUGCUAGACAAGAACAAGUCUGGGUAGGUACCAUUUGAGUUCAGUUCAGAAAUUUAAGGGCAACUCUGGGUGUUUGCCAGAUAGCCCAUGUUAUAGACCUCGAUGAACAAGGUCUAUGAGCAUAUCACUAGCAAACCGUGCAACUUAAUUCCCGAGCUGAGAAUGUACUGUUUAGCGACACGUUUUCCACGUCAGAAGGUCCGUAAUCGGUAGAAACUUCUGAUUAAAAAGGCAUUAUUUACAGUGCAGUGCCCAAUAAAUAGUUAAAUCUAAUUGUUAGAUGCUACCAGGGCCUGAAAUUAACUUUUUGGUCCACUAGCCUCUGUGGCAGGUAGAUGAUAAAUCUAGCAGCCACUCAGAUUUGUCACCAGCCAAAAUAUAUUUUUGUCAUGCAUACAUAAAAUAACAAACUAAAAGCAGAUGACCAUGCUUUGUAAUGUUUCUAAAACAAGACAUUUAUUAGAAAAAAAAUUGUGGUAUAUUGCUCAAUUUCAUUUAUUUUAACCAAAAUAUGAGACUGUUCAGCUUCCCCUUUAUGGGCAGUUUGUUGACUGGAGUGUUUUUGGUCGUGGUGUGCCACAGCAAAUCUUUCAUCAUGGGUUCAAUGCGUGUUACAAUUGGUUGAAUAUCUGAGGCUACCAUCACAGCUACAUUGACCAAUAUCCUUUACAUCUCCUUAAAAAUGAUGUAUUGUUGGUGAUAACCUAAAAGAACACUUGUUUGCUGUACUACACUCUUACAGUGGCAAAAGAAAACAGUCACUGGAAAACAUUCAGUUUGCCAUAUAAGGCAAGAGUUUAGAAUGGAAUGCCUUCUCUGGUCAGUGAGGGAUUGGGAUGGAGAGGUGCUGUUGGCCGACUAUCACAUGCGCGCACACACCACAGGAGCAUAAUCUGUCCGACCACACACAAACCUAAAUAUUCAAUCCGUGAAUGAAAAGGCAGUCUUAAAAAAAAAUGCCAGUUGUGGAAUUACAGUGCCUUCAGAAAGAAUCCACACUCCUUGAUAUUUUCUACAUUUAGUUGUACAGCCUGAAUUUAAAAUGGAUUAAAUUGAGAUAUGUUGUCACUGGCCUACACACAAAGUGAAAUUAUGUUUUUUAAUUAACUGAAAAGCUGAAAUGUCUUGAGUCAAGUAUUCAACCCCUUUUGUCAUGACAAGCCUAAAUAAGUUCAGGAGAAAAAAUUAGCUUAACAAGUCACAUAAGUUGCAUGGAUUCACUGUAUGCAAUAAUAGUGUUUAAUGUGAUUUUUGAAUGACUACCAAAUCUCUGUACCCCACACAUACAAUUACCUGUGAAGUCCCUCAAUCAGUGAAUUUCAACCACAGAUUCAACCACAAAGACCAGGGAACUUUUCCAAUGCCUCGCAAAGAAGGGUACCUAUUGGUAGAUGGUAAAAAUAAAAAAUCAGACAUGGAAUAUCCCUUUGAGCAUGGUGAAGUUAUUAAUUACACUUUGCAUGGUGUAUCAAUACACCCAGUCACUACAAAGAUACAGGCGUCCUUCCUAACUCAGUUGCCGGAGAGUUAGGAAACCGCUCAGGGAUUUCACCAUGAGGUCAAUGAUGACUUUUUAAAACAGUAGAGUUUAAUGGCUGUGACAGGAGAACUGAGGAUGGAUCAACUACAUUGUAGUUACUUAUGGAUCAACAACAUUGUAUUCACAAUACUAGCCUAAUUGACAAAGUGAAAAUAAGGAAACCUGUGCAGAAUAAAAAUAUUCCAAAACAUGCAUCCUGUUUGCGAUAAGGCACAAAAGUAAUACUGCAAAAAAUGUGGCAAAGCAAUUCACUUUUUGUCCUGAAUAAAAAGUGUUACAGUGGGGGGAAAAAGAUAUGUAGUCAGCCACCAAUUGUGCAAGUUCUCCCACUUAAAAAGAUGAGAGAGGCCUGUAAUUUUCAUCAUAGGUACACGUCAACUAUGACAGACAAAAUGAGAGAAAAAAAAUCCAGAAAAUCACAUUGUAGGAUUUCUAAUGAAUUUAUUUGCAAAUUAUGGUGGAAAAUAAGUAUUUGGUCAACAACAAAAGUUUCUCAAUACUUUGUUAUAUACCCUGUGUUGGCAAUGACACAGGUCAAACGUUUUCUGUAAGUCUUCACAAGGUUUUCACACACUGUUGCUGGUAUUUUGGCCCAUUCCUCCAUGCAGAUCUCCUCUAGAGCAGUGAUGUUUUGGGGCUGUCGCUGGGCAACCCGGACUUUCAACUCCCUCCAAAGAUUUUCUAUGGGGUUGAGAUCUGGAGACUGGCUAGGCCACUCCAGGACCUUGAAAUGCUUCUUACGAAGCCACUCCUUCGUUGCCCGGGCGGUGUGUUUGGGAUCAUUGUCAUGCUGAAAGACUCAGCCACAUUUCAUCUUCAAUGCCCUUGCUGAUGGAAGGAGGUUUUCAUUCAAAAUCUCACGAUACAUGGCCCCAUUCAUUCUUUCCUUUACACGGAUCAGUCGUCCUGGUCCCUUUGCAGAAAAACAGCCCCAAAGCAUGAUGUUUCCACCCCCAUGCUUCACAGUAGGUAUGGUGUUCUUUGGAUGCAACUCAGCAUUCUUUGUCCUCCAAACACGACGAGUUGAGGUUUUACCAAAAAGUUAUAUUUUGGUUUCAUCUGACCAUAUGACAUUCUCCCAAUCCUCUUCUGGAUCAUCCAAAUGCACUCUAGCAAACUUCAGACGGGCCUGGACAUGUACUGGCUUAAGCAGGGGGACACGUUUCGCACUGCAGGAUUUGAGUCCCUGGCGGCGUAGUGUGUUACUGAUGGUAGGCUUUGUUACUUUGGUCCCAGCUCUCUGCAGGUCAUUCACUAGGUCCCCCCGUGUGGUUCUGGGAUUUUUGCUCACCGUUCUUGUGAUCAUUUUGACCCCACGGGGUGAGAUCUUGCGUGGAGCCCCAGAUCGAGGGAGAUUAUCAGUGGUCUUGUAUGUCUUCCAUUUCCUAAUAAUUGCUCCCACAGUUGAUUUCUUCAAACCAAGCUGCUUACCUAUUGCAGAUUCAGUCUUCCCAGCCUGGUGCAGGUCUACAAUUUUGUUUCUGGUGUCCUUUGACAGCUCUUUGGUCUUGGCCAUAGUGGAGUUUGGAGUGUGACUGUUUGAGGUUGUGGACAGGUGUCUUUUAUACUGAUAACAAGUUCAAACAGGUGCCAUUAAUACAGGUAACGAGUGGAGGACAGAGGAGCCUCUUAAAGAAGAAGUUACAGGUCUGUGAGAGCCAGAAAUCUUGCUUGUUUGUAGGUGACCAAAUACUUAUUUUCCACCAUAAAUUUUCCAAAUAAAUUCAUAAAAAAUCCUACAAUGUGAUUUUCUGGAAUUUUUUCUCAAUUUGUCUGUCAUAGUUGACGUGUACCUAUGAUGAAAAUUACAGGCCUCUCUCAUCUUUUUAAGUGGGAGAACUUGCACAAUUGGUGGCUGACUAAAUACUUUUUUUCCCCACUGUAUGUUUGGGGCAAAUCCAACACAUUUACAUUUUAGUCAUUUAGCAGACGCUCUUAUCCAGAGCGACUUACAUGCAUGCAUACAUUUUUCAUACAAAACAUUACUGAGUACUACUCUCCAUAUUUUCAAGCAUAGUGGUGGCUGCAUCAUAUAAUGUGUGUGCUUGUAAUUGUUAAAGACUGGAGAGUUUUUCAGGAUAAAAAAUAAUGAAUUCACCUUUCAGCAGGACAAUAACCUAAAACAUAAGGCCAAAUCUACACUGGAGUUGCUUAGCAAGAAGACAGUGAAUGUUCCUGAGUGGCCGAGUUACAGUUUUGACUUAAAUCUACUUAAAGGUCUAUGGCAAGAAAAUGGUUGUCUAGCAAUGAUCAGCAACCAAUUUGACAGAGCUUGAAGAAUUUUGAAAAUAAUAAUGGGCAAAUGUUGCACAAUCCAGGUGUGGAAAACUCUGAGACUUAAUAAAAAAAAACUCACAGCUGUAAUUGCUGCCAAAGGUGCUUCUACAAAGUAUUGACUCGGGGUGUGAAUACUAAUGUAAAUUUAGAUAUUUCUGUGUUUCAUUUUCAAUAAAUGUGCAAACAUUUCUACAAACAUGUUUUCACUUUGUCAUUAUAGGUUAUUGUGUGUAGAUGGGUGACGGGGAAAAAAUGUUUGAAUCCAUUUUGAAUUCAGGCUGUAACACAACAAAAUGUGGAAUAAGUCAAGUGGUAUGAAUACUUUCCGAAGGCAAUGUAGGUGUCUGGUCCAGCUGUGAGUAGAGGGAAUAUCAUGGAGCUUCUUCAGAAAGGAGGCGCCAUUGCCGCCUCUUCUACCGCCGCGAUGAGAGCCCCUACAUGGGCACGGAUGUGAACUGGCUUGCCUGUCUGUGUCUCCUCUGUGGAGUUGAUGCUCCUGUCCAGUGUCUCUCCUGUGUUAUCACACACAGUGGAGCUGUGAAAGAGGCCUGCCUGGUUGCCACCUCCUGGCUCAGCAGCUCAUCCUCAACCCCUGGCCUAUUCUUAAAAACGGAGUCCCAGCCACUAUACCCCCCCUACAGUAGCAGGGAUGUGAUGGGACUUGGGAACUAUCUUCAGACUCAAGUAUUUCUGUCCUUCUUUUUGAUAUGGCUUAGGGGAAGGGGUGAGGAGGGGUUGCGUAGGGUUUGGCCACCAUGUUUAAUUAUUAAGUUAUAACAAUUUUUAUUAAGCUGUAGAAUAAAAUAUGUUGUUCCUUUCAGAAUUUUGGGAAUAUUCUGGAAGUGUGCCAGAAUAGGUAAGCUAUGUACAGCCUCUUUUCUAAAACGUUUAGCUGAUUGCUAAUAUAUCGAUUUGCUAUAUAAGAGAUAAUUGUGACCGAACAGUCCUAUAACCUUUUUUCUCUCUCUUCUUUUCAGGUGAACGUAAGAGUCCCUGGGUGGCUUGUUGCUGUGUCAUGAUGGCUUUCAGUAUCCUGUUUGUACAGUAGCACAGCAGACGAGGAGGAUGAGAAAUGAGAAGAAGCAUCAGGACAUGGACUGUACGAUCCACAAAGCACAGCAGAACCUGGAUAGGGAGAAAGGGGAAACCGAUCUCCACCAUAGUAAUGGAUAG